AGGGGGGCUCCUCGUCCCGCCCCUCCCUCCUGUCCUCCCUCCCGUCCUCCCCGCUCCGGGCCCCACCCGGCUCAGACGGCUCCGGACGGGACCUCGAGCACAGGCCGCUCCGCGGGCGCCUCGGAUCCCUGCGGGACCCCACCCCCGCCCAGCCUGCCCAGCCCGCUGCAGCCGCCAGCGCGCCCCGUCGGCAGCUCUCCAUCUGCACGUCUCUCCGUGAACCCAGUGGGCAGUGUGCCGCCACCAUGUUCAGCUGGCUGAAGCGGGGCGGGGCACGGGGCCAGCAGCCCGAGGCCAUCCGCACAGUGACCUCGGCCCUCAAGGAGUUGUACCGCACGAAGCUGCUGCCGCUGGAGGAGCACUACCGCUUCGGGGCCUUCCACUCGCCGGCCCUGGAGGAUGCAGACUUCGACGGCAAGCCCAUGGUGCUGGUGGCUGGCCAGUACAGCACGGGCAAGACCAGCUUCAUCCAGUACCUGCUGGAGCAGGAAGUGCCUGGCUCCCGCGUGGGGCCUGAGCCCACCACCGACUGCUUUGUGGCCGUCAUGCAUGGGGACACUGAGGGCACCGUGCCCGGCAAUGCCCUCGUCGUGGACCCAGACAAGCCCUUCCGCAAACUCAACCCCUUCGGAAACACCUUCCUCAACAGGUGGUGGGGGUCUGACUUCUGCCCCUUGCGCCCCUGUCUCUCCACUCCCACUCCAGGCUACGACUUCCCGGCCGUGCUGCGCUGGUUCGCGGAGCGCGUGGACCUCAUCAUCCUGCUCUUCGACGCGCACAAGUUGGAGAUCUCGGACGAGUUCUCGGAGGCCAUCGGCGCGCUGCGGGGCCAUGAGGACAAGAUCCGCGUAGUGCUCAACAAGGCCGACAUGGUGGAGACGCAGCAGCUGAUGCGCGUCUACGGCGCGCUCAUGUGGGCGCUGGGCAAGGUGGUGGGCACGCCUGAGGUGUUGCGUGUCUACAUCGGCUCCUUCUGGUCCCAGCCUCUCCUGGUGCCCGACAAUCGGCGCCUCUUUGAGCUGGAGGAGCAGGACCUCUUUCGCGACAUCCAGGGCCUGCCCCGGCACGCCGCCUUGCGCAAGCUCAACGACCUGGUGAAGAGGGCCCGGCUGGUGCGGGUUCAUGCUUACAUCAUCAGCUACCUGAAGAAGGAGAUGCCCUCUGUGUUUGGGAAGGAGAACAAGAAGAAGCAGCUGAUCCUCAAACUGCCCGUUAUCUUUGCGAAGAUUCAGCUGGAACAUCACAUCUCCCCUGGGGACUUUCCUGAUUGCCAGAAAAUGCAGGAGCUGCUGAUGGCGCACGACUUCACCAAGUUUCACUCGCUGAAGCCGAAGCUGCUGGAGGCACUGGAUGAGAUGCUGACGCACGACAUUGCCAAGCUCAUGCCCCUGCUGCGGCAGGAGGAGCUGGAGAAUACCGAGGUGGGCGUGCAGGGGGGCGCUUUUGAGGGCACCCACAUGGGCCCGUUCGUGGAGCGGGGACCUGACGAGGCCAUGGAGGACGGCGAGGAGGGUUCGGACGACGAGGCUGAGUGGGUGGUGACCAAGGACAAGUCCAAAUACGACGAGAUCUUCUACAACCUGGCACCUGCCGAUGGCAAGCUGAGCGGCUCCAAGGCCAAGACCUGGAUGGUGGGGACCAAACUCCCCAACUCGGUUCUGGGGCGCAUCUGGAAGCUGAGCGAUGUGGACCGCGACGGCAUGCUGGAUGACGAGGAGUUCGCGCUGGCCAGUCACCUCAUCGAGGCCAAGCUGGAGGGUCACGGGCUGCCCGCCAACCUGCCCCGUCGCCUGGUGCCACCCUCCAAGCGACGCCACAAGGGCUCCGCCGAGUGAGCCGGCCCCCCUCCCAUGGCCCUGCUGUGGCUCCCCAGCUCCAGUCGGCUGCACGCACACCCCUGCCCCAGCUCACACAUGCCCUGUCUGCCCUCCCUGCCCAGCUGUAAGGACCGGGGGUCUCCCUCCCCACUACCACCAGACACCCCGGUGGAAGGGUUUAGAGGGGACCAUGGGAGGGACAAGGCUUCUCUGUCCGCCCUUCACACUUCCAGCCUCACGUUCACUUAGGCACAUCACACAGACACUGGCACGCGCAGGCAUCCAUCCAUCCAUCCAUCCAUCUAUCCUUCAUUCAAAUAUUUAUUGAGCACCUACUAUGUGCCCAGCCCUGUUCUAGGCACCGGGCAUUACCACAGAGAACAAAAUAGACAAAUACAUCUGCCCUCAUGGAAG